AUGAAGACCUCCCCGCAGGCCAUAUCCCAGUAUAUUCCAGAUGCAGAGAUCGUGCGGACGCGGGAGCCCCAGCUGCUGGCCCAGUGCGACGUGGUGGUGGACGUGGGCGGCGAGUACGACCCGCAGCGGCACCGCUACGACCAUCACCAGAGGUCCUUCUCGCAGUCCAUGCACGACCUGAGGCCCGACAAGCCGUGGACGACCAAGCUGAGCAGCGCGGGGCUGGUGUACUUGCACUUCGGCUCCCAGAUCCUGGCCCACCUGCUGGGGCGCGCGGAGGACGACCCCGUGGUGCAGCUGCUGUACGAUAAGCUCUAUGAGAACUUCAUGGAGGAGAUCGAUGCCAUCGACAAUGGGGUGGCACAGUUGGACGGGAAGCCCCGCUAUGCCAUGACCACGGGCCUGAGUGCUCGCGUCAGCUUCCUCAACCCCCGCUGGAACGACCCCAACCAGGACACUGAGACCCAGUUCCAGAAGGCGAUGGAGCUGGUGAAGGCCGAGUUCCUGGACCGGCUGGAUUACUACCACCGCGCCUGGCUGCCCGCCCGCACCCUGGUGGAGGAUGCCGUUCAGAAGCGCUUUGAGGUGGACCCCAGUGGGGAGAUCCUGGUGCUGCCGAGAGGCAGCUGCCCCUGGAAGGAGCACCUCUUCAGCCUGGAGGCAGAGCUGGGUGUGGAGACGCCCAUCAAGUUCGUGCUGUACCCAGACCAGAACGGGCGGUGGCGCGUACAGAGUGUCCCUGCCGCGCUGCACAGCUUCCACAGCCGGCUACCCCUCCUGGAGGCAUGGCGCAGCCUCCGUGACCAGGAGCUCUCACAGCUGAGUGGGAUCCCCGGCUGCAUCUUUGUGCACACCAACGGCUUCAUCGGGGGCAACCAGACACAAGAAGGCGCCUUGCUGAUGGCACAGAAGACGCUGGCACUGGACUCGCAGGGCAGCUGAGACCCAACACCCCCAACUUUGCAGUGGAGGGGAAUGGAGGAUCCCCUGUCCUCCCAGCAGCUCAGGCUGGGGGCAGGAGGAGGAGGCAGCAGCUCCCUGAGGCACUGAGGUGCAGUGCCUAUUGGACUAGGGCGGGCGCUAGCUGAGAGAAUCAUCCUUACACAGAGAGGACUAAAUAAAGUGGCACAACUGG